GGUGCAGGCCCAGUUGUCACCCCUCCAGAACAUCUCCCCAUGGAUUCUGAUGGCAUUGACUCUUCAGACUCUGAGUUUGCUAUCCUGUUGGGCAUUCUGGACAACAUGGACCCAGUCAUGUUCUUCAGAUGCCCUUCUCCAGAGUCUACCAGCCUGGAAGAGCUCCCAGAGGUCUUCCCAGGAGAACCUAGUUCCUCACCAGCCUCCCUUUCUCUUUCAAUGUGGACAUCAUCAGCCAAGCUGGAAGCCAUUAAUGAACUAAUUCGUUUUGACCGUGUCUAUACUAAGCCUCUAAUCUUAGAGAUACCCUCUGAGAUAGCGAGCCAACCUAAUGUGGUAGUGAAAAUUGAGAAAGCACCCCUCAACCCCUCAGAGAAUGAUCACCCUGAAUUCAUUGUCUCAGUGAAGGAAGAACCUGCAGAAGAUGACUUCAUUCCAGAGCUGGGUAUCUCAAACCUGCUUUCAUCCAGCCACUCUCUGAAGCCAUCUUCCUGCCUGCUGGAUGCUUAUAGUGACUGUGGAUAUGAGGGCUCUCCUUCCCCAUUCAGUGAUAUGUCCUCUCCGCUUAGUUUAAAUCAUUCUUGGGGGGACACUUUUGCCAAUGAACUUUUCCCCCACCUGAUUAGUGUCUAAGGAAUAAUCCAAUACUGUUCUCUUUCUUGACUAUUACACUGCCCAGAGGCUACCAAAGAAACCUGCCUGUGCUUCACUCAAAAAACCAAAGUAGAGGGUAUACAGUUCUAGAGGGUUCCUCUAAAGUCUGUGCUCAAACAUCACAGAUGACUCCAAGUAUUGUCUUUUGACAUCUGGCAGUCCAAGGUAUCCAGAUAUAUUACAGUAACGCAAAACUACAGCUUUUGAGACUGUACUUUUAAGUGUGAAAGAUGGUAGUUUUCCCU